UUAUCAUCAUGAAUGUGAUGAUUGAAAUCGAGCUCACGGCAUCGAGCCUUUCUCUCGGUGGCCAAUCAGAGGAAGAGCAGCGGGAAGCUGAAACAUCAGUAGCCUACAAAUGUGACUGAGUGCACCAGUGUGGAGUGACCAGAGAGAGACAGACAGACCCAGAGACCCGGAACAUCCCGUCUAAGAGAGGCACAGACAUGAGCGCUCAGGCUGAAGAGGGAAUCCCAGCCAAGUGCAAGUCUCCCACUUUAUUCUCUUCCUACUGUAUUGAAAGCAUACUGGGCAGAAGUCCUCUCAAAGUCAGGCUCCUCGGGAUGCAAAGGCUGACAGCGACACUUCGGACAGAGGAACUCCAAGCUGGGAAAAAUUUGCUUCCUCACAUGGACCUGCAACUGCCACCCAAACUGCGGCGCUCGUUCAGUCCGCGGCGGGAAGACGAAUCCGACAGCGCACAAGGAGACGAGCUGGAGCUCAGAGCUGGUCUAGACUCCUCCUACCCGGAACAUGCACUCAUCAGUUCCUUAAAGGGCAGCUCUGCUCAGGAUAAAGUCGAGGAGGUUAAGAGCAGAGCACUUCCCGACACACGUCUCUCCCCGGGAUCCGAGGACGUACUGAGAGAGACAAAUACAAUCACGAAGGACAGCGAGGACGGUGUGUAUGUGUCACCGAGCAGUGAUGCUGAAGACGUGACACUGAGACGCAAACAAAGGAGAUACAGGACUACAUUCACUAGUUACCAGCUUGAUGAACUAGAAAGGGCUUUCCAAAAGACGCACUACCCUGACGUUUUCACAAGGGAGGAAUUAGCCAUGAGGCUCGAUCUGACGGAAGCGCGCGUGCAAGUCUGGUUUCAGAACCGACGUGCAAAAUGGAGAAAAAGAGAGAAGGCUGGGGUUCAACCUCACCGCCUAGGCCUUCCAUUUCCUGGACCCAUCAGUGCAGCACAGCCUUUAUGCCAUUAUCUGGGUGGGGGUGCAUUUAGCCCCAACCUGUACCCAGGCAUCGAGUCAGGGUGGCCUGUCUCCCUCCAUGGAUUCACUCAGCCCAUCCCAAACCCUGCACCCCCAAACCGAAUCUGCUCUCUGCUUGGAGCAGCAAUGCUCAGACACCCUGCCCUUAUCAGCCCCUCCUUUGGAAGAUUCUUCACUCCACUGGCACUUCAAAGACUGCCUGUUCCCACCCCAGAGAAUCAAAUUCUGCCUCCCCUUCACAUUCCUCAUCCUCCUUCCACAUCCUCAUCCAAUCUAUGUUCCUCUUCCUUGCCUGUGGAUCGCCGUGCGUCCAGCAUUGCGGCUCUGCGGCUCAAAGCCAAGGAGCACUCAGCUCACAUCGGUCAACUCAGUGUCCUCACAGCUGGUACGUCUGAAAAAGAGGCCUGAUGCCUUGCUCCCUACACCCAAGACAUGAGACCAAAGCUAAAGUGCACUACAGCAUGAAGAAUUUUUUUGGAACCUCAUGAGGAACCAACCUCUAUGACUACUGAAGCUUCAUGAUGGCUUUAAUUGAUGGAAGCAAUGCCAAAGGGACUGGUCAGCAACCAGAGUUCUGUAUAUUUAAAUUUCAAUAUGAACAGAAAAAUAUGUGGGAAAAUGAAAAGCUUUAAAGAAUAGUCUUCUUGUGUUAUUAAAAGAAAACUUUUAUAUUUGCUUUUUUAAAUCUUGUGAGAAAGUUAGUUCAGGGGAGAACAAACCUGCACUUCACUAUUUAACUGCUGAAUGAGCCAAGAAUAUGUGAAAAGAAUGACAAUAAAGCUGUGAAGUGAAGUGUUAUGCUGUCUUAAAAUUUAAGCUGAUUAAAACAGCCAGAGGGGAAGGACACAUAUGCCAAAACCCCAUACUUUUGUACUUUAAUAACUUUUUUUAAAAUUAUAGCUAACCAGAGAAUCAGGAAAAGCAUUAAAACCUCAUGGUGUAAAAAAAUCAUCCUCUGUAGGUUUAAAGCUUUUUAAGAAAGCAUAAUGUUGUUUAUGUUGACGUUUUAUGUAUGCUGAAUGCCAGGUUUGUGAGCCUUAGCGCCUCCACUGACAUCCAUGUAGUCUAAUUAGUAGUAAUUUGUUUCAGCACCAUUCACACACAUUAAGAAGCUUAUUUUGUUCGCUGCCGUUGCUUUUGUCCCUUUCAGAAUGUGGAUAUCGGAAUGAAUGGCCUUUGCUUGUAAGCCUGGACUUCUUCCAACCAACAUAAUUCUUCCACACUUAAGUCAUCAUCCAAUUAGUUCGGUGUAUAAAGUGAUUUGUCAUUGCGGAGAUUUCAGUUCAGAGGAUAAGAGAAGCGUUUUGUCACCUGAAGCGGAUUUCUGUCACUAACUACCUUCUUUUACUCCACAGCAUUCUACAAUGCAAUGAAUAACAGGAACUGAUAAAUACUAAUUCCCUAUGAAAAGAGGUCUUACACAAUCUUUUGUCCCAACACUAUUCAGGGUAGGCCUCAUGAAAAGGUGCAGGGAUUAACAUAAUCAAAUGAAUCGAACUAAUCUAUUUGCGUGAUCAACUUAAAACUCUCUGGAAAUGGACAUUUUCAGUGCAAGUAUAUUGCAGGGUGAGAAAGGAGCUGAUGAGUUAUGGCAGGGAGUGAAGGUAUUAUGUCUCACCCCAAGUGUCUCUCUGUUUAAGGCCCUGUACACAGGGGUAUACAAUGAGCACAAUAGAGUGUAACGGCUUAAAGAGCCGAGCUGCAGAGACGUUUUGAUGAUCUGAGCAGUGUGAAGGCUGGUAGCAGCCACCACAUUUAGGCCUGGGUUUAAGAAUAUUUUUUUUUUGUCUGAUCUGUGGUGGAAAUUGUAAAAUUAUUAAAAGAGAAAUAUAGUGUCAGUACUUAACUUGUGGAGGAUUACUGACUUAUCCUAGGUUAUGUAAUAUAGGUGUUUAUGCAGCUAUGACUACAGUGAUUGGAAAUAAAUUAAUUAAUGUCGUAGGCAUGGAAAUCAAAAUUAGUUACCCUAACACAACUGCAGAACAUAGUGGCUAACAAUGUAAUGUAAUAAAAUGUCAUUUCAAAAAACAAGGAAGGAAUUGUUUUAUGUGGAUAAAUUGAUCUGAGAAGCAUCAGGGUUUGAUGAUGUAGCUUUGCAAAGGGAGCGAUUAAUGAAAUUAGCAGUUAUGACUGAGGUGGAGGAAGAUAAAUAGAAAAGAAAAAAAACAAAAAAUGCAUGAGAGUAAUUGCCUUUUGUCCAGAAUAAGGACCAAGGACAAGGAAGACAAUACAUUACUGUAGAAUGUUGCGUUUUAAUAUAUGUAUGUAGUUAUUAACGAAAACAUUAAAAGAUCUG